GGGGCAAGCACCGUCUCACCGCUGCGUCUCUUCUGCUCUGCCUGAAUAUCAGCAGCCGAAGAAGACGUUCUCCGCCCCGUGAUUCAAAGACUCUUUACACUUUCUUCUGAGAGACGUUAGAAACCUGCUCUGAUCCACAGGUCGCAGCCAACAUGGUGAGGACUAAAGCCGACAGUGUUCCCGCAGCCUACAGGAAAGCUGUUGCAGCGGCGGCACCCCGGAAGUCUUUUGGAGCGAGUUCUGCAAACCAGUCGUCGAGCAGCGGCCAGGCGGCGACCCCCGCUAAGGGUAAGUAUGCCGGAGGAAACCUCGUGUGUCCUCGCCCCACUCCGGACUGGCAGAAGGGGAUCGGAGAUUUCUUCGGCGGACCCCCGAGGAAGCCGGAGGAGGAGGAGGAGGACCUGAAGCCGGAGGAGGAGGACCUGAAGCCGGAGGAGAAGGAGAACCUGAAGCCGGUGGAGGUGGAGGACGGAGAGGAGGCCGGAGGCAGCGGGGUGUCCAAGGCCAGCAGGAAGUCCCGGCCGCUUCCCGCUGACGACGAGGAGGAGGAAGAUUGAAGACGAUUAAUGAAUACAUUUCUUUUCUGCUGCCUUUGGAUCUGCUCCUUGUUCGAUGUACAUCUGUAUAUAAUUUCCUCAUGGAUUCACUUUGUAUAGUUCAUUAAAAUCUUUUUUAAAACGA